AUGCGGGAGGUCACUUUAUUACUGUUACUGCCAAUCUUCGUUCAUGGACGAGGUGAGAUCUCAUCUGGAUUUGAAUUCAGAGGAAGUGGGUUCUGAGAAAUUUCAACCAACUCUUCUAGCUUUUAAUGGAUGCUUACAUUUUUGCCUGUUUAGUAGACCUUGUACAGCAAAGAACGCAAGAGGGUAUCAUAUUCCUAGAUCGUGUCUGUUUCAACUCUGAUUCUAAUCACGGAGGAGAUAAAAAACAUUUCAGAACUUCUUGACAUCCCUACCACCACCUUCAGAAUUCCGCGGAACGCCCAAGAAGGCGAUCUGAUCGUCGGCAGCCAACACAUCCGUGCGUCCAAGGUAUUCUCCUUCUUCUCUUUUUCCUUCAAUUCGUUAUGAUCACCUGAUGAUUCUCGGUGUUCCUAACCUGCAAGGUUAGACGGAUAAGGCGGAUAACUUGUUGUUUUUGACCCAAUUCAUUCAUUCGCUCUCCCACUUUUUCUCGUCUCUUUCUCCUGCGUGUCAAGACAAUUUGAUAAGAAGCAAGCGCCGGUGAUUAAUGAUUAUUGCCCAACGAAAAGUCUAUCGGAUCGGGGAAUGACAUAACCGACACGACCGCUUUUUUUCAGGAUCUGGAUGAGUCGUUGAAUCUGGAGCUGGAGGGGACCAAUCCUUCACCAAUCGCAAUCAACGGAUCUAUCGUGGACGCCGGCCAACCUGUCAAAUUUGUUCUGGUUAAUAAGAAUGCAUUCGAGAACGGGAAGAGUCAGGUGAAGGUGGGCAAUGGAGAGAUUGAACUCGGGCUCUCACAUUCUUAUUCCAGCUGCAAGCUCUCGGUGUGAUAUCGGGCAAAGUACAGGAAGCAACGAUUCACUUUGAAGUGGAGAGCUCUUCCGAUCUUCCUACGAUUCCUCAAAUCCCGAACUUUGUCGUCAGAAAUGACUUCCAAGACAAGGAGACUGCGAUUGUGAAGGUCUCCUCGAAGAUUCCCGCCAACAGCGAACUGGAAGUGCUCGGGCAUUACGCAGAAAGAGUUCAGGCCUCUUUCCAAGAAGAUAACAUCAUUCUGGAUACCGUUCCGUGCGAGGACAACGAGCCGUGUGAUAUCGCCUUCCCGUUCACCGUCAUUCUCGUUCUGAAAAACGGAGAGAAUCAUGUGGAGUCUCUGAUGACUUUUGAAGAAGAGAAAGUGAGUGGGAACGCCGGUUCACGUGCAAACUGCGAAUUUACAGAAAAGCACAUUGAAAAUGGACCAGAAAGUUUACGAAACGACAAUAGAAGAGCACACUGGAGAGCAGGAUCGUCUCGUGAAAGUGACUGCGAAAGGAAACAGCUCGGAGAUUCUGUACUCGCUGAGAGAUGCCAGCGGACUGUUCUCGAUUCAUCCGAAAGAAGGAUUGCUCUCUAUUUUACAUCCAGAGUUCCUGACGAUUUCUUCGUUCGGAGAGGCCGUUAACCUGACUGUCGUGGCGACGGACGGAGAGAACACUGUGAAUGCGGUUGUGAAAGUGAAGAUUGCGCCGGAAAUUGAGAAGAAUGUAGUGUUCGGGUUUGAGAAGGUGAAUGAUCACUCAUCAAUUCGAAAGAUAAUAAAGAAAUUUCAUUUUAGGAGAACUACGAAAUUGAAGCGGAGAAUACUGAGAAGUUCCUCGGCAACAUUAGAGCCAAGUUCCCGAAUCCAGUUGUAUACCGUAUCACGGAAGGUAGAAGCGACCUGUAUCAAGUUGAGGGUAAUGGAGACGUCAAAUACGUCGGAAAGUUGCUGAAGGACGACAGGGAAGAUGCGAUUACGGUAUGUUCCUGAGCUGCUGAGACAAUUCACAUUCUAUUCUUCAGGUUGCUGUUCAAGAAGCCACAGGAGGGCUCAAGAUGGCUUCUGCGAAAGUUAAUGUUCACCUCAAAGGAAUCGGAUCUUUCCCAGUUACCACUUCGGAUGAUUUAGAGCAAGUUGAGUUGGUUUCUGCGGAUGAGCCAGCUGGAGUUGUGCUCACUUCCAUUCAGUUCAAUGACGAGGAUGCGGAUGCCAAGUUGGAAUACUCGCUCAAAGCCGAGCAGGGAGUUGAUGAAAACGGGAACUUGGUUGCUGAAGAUGCCGCGUCUCUGUUUGAAGUCAAGUCGGGAGAUGAUAAUCAAGCUCAUCUGGUGAUCAGCAAAGGCUUGAAGAAGUCUCAAAUCUCUUCAGUGCAGCUGGAAAUCACGGCCCGUGACAUGGAACAUCCCAAAGAACCAGAAGCCUCUGUCAGAAGAACAAUUGUCAUUCAGAGGGAGAAGGAGGAAGAAGUUCCGAAAGAACUGAACUUUAUAGCUCUUCCGGAUAAUAUCACUGUUCCUCUCGACCUUCCCGUUGGCUCAUUUAUUUACCGUGCAGUUGUACUUCCGAAGAAAAGCAAUCUGACGUUCUCUAUUGAGCCGGAGCACAUCUUCAAAAUAUUCAAUGACGGGUCUGUUAUCACGAAGAAAGAUCUUGUCGAAGAGCCGCAAUCAAUUCGAAUUCAAGUAACAGUAACGGAUGGAAAUGAGACGAAGAGUUCGGAGAGCAACUUGAUUCUCAAGAAGAAGCUUCGUGCUCAUUUCACAGAGGAACGGUAUGAAGCGAAUGUUCCACGUGGUUCUCCGGAAGGAACACUUAUUUCAUUGGUAUCUGCAGUCAGUGAAAAAUCAGAAGCUGUCACUGAUUUCGUGCUCAAAGGAGGGCACUCCAAGAUGUUCAGUGUAGACAAUCAGGGAGCGGUAAAGAGCAACGGAGCACUGACGGAAGGCUCUGCCUUCGAUUUCUUAGUUGCUCUUGCCAGCGAUCCGACCAUAACCGCCCCCGUGCACGUGAAACUGGAUGAAGUCCGCGCCGCUUCGAUAAUUUUGACGGAGAAUCAGAUAUUUGCUUCUGUUUUCGACAAUCUGCCCAUCAAUUCGUAUGUAGGAAGAGUGGAAGUGAAGGGGAAUGAAAAGGUGAAAUUCACGAUGAAUUCUGAAGAGAAGGGAAUGAACAAUCUGUUCGCAAUCGAGGAGGAUGGAACCAUCAGGAGCAUUGACUGGUUGAGUGGUAAGAGAUUCGGCAGAGUUCUUUCCUAUAAAUCUGAUUUCUCAAUUCUUUCAGGCUCGGCAGGAAUGCACAAGUUCACGGUGCUCGCCAGCAACAUCGAUCAAGCCGGCGUGCGCUCCGCCAACGCAACCGUGGUUAUUGACGUUUUGAAGUCAAAUGAGUGUGCCCCUCGCUUCAAACCGGACGAAAACCUGAUCUUCUACGUCAGAGAGGUAAACCAAUCCCAUUUAAAGGUAAUUACACUAUUUUCUGUCUUUCAGAACACUCCGAGAGAUACUGUAAUUGGUAAAGUGGCUGCUGAUAUUUUACCCGGAAAGUGUGACCUGGAAUAUUCUCUCGGCGAUGAAGAAGCAUUGAGUAUCAAUUCGGCGAACGGAGAACUCAAGACAGUGAAGGAAUUCGACUUUGAGAAGCAGAAAAGCUACGUGGUAAAACUGAAAUUGGUGGCUGGAAAGCAUAAUUCGGAGUCUACGAGUGCGGAAUUGAGGAUUCUGGACGUGGACGACCAUCAAGUGCACUUCGAUCUUACCGAGCAAACCGUGGAUGUUCCGGAGGACACACCCACAACCACUGUGGUCGCUACUGUCCGUGCAGUUGAGAAAGACGAGCAGCCCGUGUUCUACCACUUGGCUCCGUCCUCUCCUCCUCAGUUUUCACUCCAUUCAACCACCGGAGCCGUCAUAGUCGAGCAGCCAUUAGAUCGGGAGACAGACGAACAGUUUGUGAUUGAGAUCGGAGCGUCGAACAGCGUAAACACCGUGCAAGCGGACUGGCCGACAAAGAUGAAGUUGAUUGUGAAGGUGAAAGAUGUGAAUGACAACGGACCGAUCUUCGAUAGAUCUCACUACCUGACAGUCGUGGAGAAGGACAUUGUUGUCGGCUCCAAAAUCAUUGAAGUCCAUGCUGUCGAUCCGGACGUUGACGAUCAAGAGAAAAAGUUAGAGUACACAGUGACUGGCGCGAGUUUCGAGUACAGAGGAAUGAGCAGGAACGUGGAGGGCGUGCUCGACAUCAAUCCGGUCGACGGGAAAGUUUAUACUUUGAGAAGCCUUAGUGACUACGUGGGAGGUGUGUUCAAUGUGCAUCUGCAAGUCAGAGACACUGUGGACGGAACCAUCGGAAAGGCCGGGCUCAAAAUGUACGUCCAUGACAACAGCGACCUGUUGAGCAUGGAGCUCCCGUAUGCUCCGAGUACAGUCACCCCACAAGUCGUCGAUGAGUUCUCGCAACUGCUGAGCAACUCCACCGGGCUGUGGGCUCUUCCAAGGAAGGUUUCGUACAAAGCCCCGCAUGGAAUAAUGUCGACGAACUCGGUCGAUUUGCAACUGAUCUUCUUCAACAAGACGCUCUCGGAGAUUGUUCCAGCUGAGAAAGUGCUUGCGAUUCGAGAGAUGAAUCCGGUAAAAGGGCUUCCGGAGCUGAGAAAGCCAACGUCCUCGUACUUGAUGAAUGUGGAGAAGAGAUCGGACACAUUCAUCCAGCCGGAGCUCUUCUUCAUCGUGCUCGGCUUCCUCGUACUUCUCGCAAUUGUCCUCUCACUGUGCGGAAUGAUGGCCUGUUUCGCAAGAAGCAGAUUUUUGAGGGAAAAAAAGAUUGUGGAGAAUGAGAUGGCCAUCAAGGACGCCAUUCAGUUCCCGUCAAACAGAAGCCCUGCAUUGGUGUAAGUUCAGAUCUUAAACAAUAAUCCCUAAUUCUCUUUGCUUUCAGAAGUUUCAAGCACUACGCCCCACCCACUUCUGAGAUCUACCGGAACCAUGAAGAGCACAUGUAUCGGUCGCCGAAUCUGAAUGAGAAAGUGGGCAGUUAUGCUGUCCAACAGGCCACGAUUACUGUCGCAGAGCACGAAGAGAAGAUCUGA